AAUCAUUUCAACUGACAAACCGAACGAAAUGCGUCGCUUGGAACAACUCUCUGUUGUAACGCUGCUAGCAGCUGUGCUCCUGAUAGACAACGCGGCAGCCAACGGACAGGCAAGGACCUGCUACGCCUGCGAAGGGAUUAACUGUCAAAGAACAACGUACGCCAAAGAGCAGAAGUGUCUGAAUGCUUUGGAUUACUGUGUGACUGUUUUUGAUAAAUUUACCGUUGUGCAAAAGGGCUGCUCACUGGAGGUACCUAUUGAGUUGCGCCGUCGCUGUGAUGCCAACACUUUCGAAUGCCAUAAAUGCAACACUGAUCGCUGCAACAAUUUGGGUCAACGGAAUUACCUCUGCUUGCAGUGUGACUCCAGCAAGGAUGCCAAUUGCGCUAGCGCUGUCAGCAACGUUACGCCAGCACGCUGUCCCUCACCGACUGCCACCAACUCUUACUGCUAUGUGAAAUAUGAUGGCGGUGUCACCACACGUGGCUGUUCCACAACUCUGGCGGAUCAAAGCAGCUGUUAUGCGAGUGCCAAUUGCAUGCUGUGCUCACCCGGUGAACUGAAGGGCUGCAAUAGUGUGGACUUUCAACCCGGUACACGUGCGCUGAGGCUUUAGAAAGUAAUUUUAUAUGUGUAUAUUUGAGUGGUUUAGUGUAUUUGUAAAUAUUUAGUGGUUUUUGAUGUUCAGCAGUUUUUGUUUUUAACAAAUAAAUAAAUAAGUAAAUGUGCGGUUGCAUUUGUUGAAAA